AAUAAAUUAAUCAACAUGCCAAACGCACACACAAAAAGCCUCAACCACACGAAACCUCCCCAUAAUUUCAUCCUCUCACAAAAACCAUUCUAUAUUUCCCUCACUUCUACUCUUCUUCCACUCUCACCAAAUUAAUAUCUUAAUUAUUCUUCAUCACUCUUUCAUCUAUCACACUCUUUACACUCUCAACAUCAUCAUGUCGGUGAAGGAGUGUGAUCACCACAAAGGAAGAAAAAGAAUACUCUUCCAAAGAAUAUUUUGGGCCAUCAUGGUAUUCCUCUUCUUAGUCCUACUAACAAUUCUCCUCAUAUGGGCAAUCCUAAGACCAACAAAACCUACUUUCAUCCUCUUAGAUGUAACCCUAUAUGCUUUCAACGCAUCACAACCAAAUUUCUUAACCUCAAACUUUCAAGUAACACUUUCGUCUCGAAAUCCCAACGAUAACAUCGGUGUAUACUACGAUCGUCUCGAUACUUACAUGACCUACCGGAGCCAACAGAUUACUCUCCGGACCGCCAUACCGCCUUCUUACCAAGGUCACAAUGAGUAUGACGUUUGGUCUCCGUUUGUUUACGGCAAUGAUAUACCUGUUGCUCCUUUUAACUCUGUGAGCCUUUCACAAGACGAAAAUAACGGUAAUAUCUUUGUUACCGUUAGAGUUGACGGUAGAGUUCGUUUUAAGGUUGGUGCUUUUAUUUCUGGUCGUUAUCAUAUACAUGUUCGUUGCCCUGCUUACAUCUCACUUGGUAACAAUGGUAAAGGUGUUGAUAUGGGAGAAAACGCCGUUAAGUAUCAAGUGGAUCAACGUUGCUCCGUUAACGUUUGAGUAAAAAUUAUAUUACGUUAAUUUGCGUAUGUAUUUAUUUCUUUGUAUUGUAUUUUAUACCUGCGUAUAUUUAUCUUCCAUAGUUCUUUAUGUGUAUCUUAUCUUAUGUAUUUUAAUGUUACAAAAUAUGAGACAUAUGAAAGAUUCCGAGUAUAUAGAUUAAUUACACGUUGUACUUGUAAUAACAUACUCUAUAUGCCAAUAUAAUUCAACCGCAAGGUUAAUAAAAAAUUAUGGUGUUUCAAUUUGGAUAUCAAAUGAGUGUAUGAGGAAGAGUUCAGUGUCA